AUGAUCAAGGACGAUUGGCUGAGACCAAAAACGUCAGAAGAGAAAAACGUCAUGAUAAAACAGGCGCGAAUCGCACGUAUUCUAACGUUAUUCGGUUGCUUCGUAAUGCAAACAUGUGCUAUCAUGUAUAUCUUGUUGCUUCCCGUUUUUGGCAUUUCCAUGAGAUACAUGACGAACAGAACAGAUCCAGGCAAAUUAUUACCAUUGCAAUCGUAUUAUCUAUACGAUGUAAAUAACAGUCCACUUUACAAAAUAACGUUUGGUCUACAAAGCUUUAGUGUGGUACUAGCCGGCAUAAUGUACACCAGCACGGAUACUUUUAUGAGUCUGCUGAUCUUCCACGUAUGUGGUCAACUUGAGAAUCUCAAAGCACAUAUUCGCAAUUUGGGUAAAUUCAGUAAUUUUGCAGAUACUUUGUCAAUCAGUAUGAAGGAUCACAUAGUAACACAAGGUAGCAACCUUUCUAUAGCACGACUAAUUUACACUGUGAUGGCCUUUAUCCUUUUAUUCGGAUAUAUGAGUCUAUAUUGUGUGUUAGGAGAAAUUUUAGUUAUUCAGUGCGAUGGGAUUUACGAUGCUGUUUGCGAAUACAAAUGGUACAAUUUAGAGCCCAAGCAAGCAAAGAAUUUUUUGAAUAUAAUGAUGGAAACUAGAAGACCAUUGCAUCUUACUGCGGGAAAACUCUUUCCUAUGACAAUAGCUACAUUAUGUAAUGUAUUACAAACUUCAGGCGGCUAUAUAUCGGUUCUAUUAGCAUAUCGUAGUUGA